AUGCAGACGCGCAGCCAGAACAGCAGCUGCUCCAGGGACAGUCUCUUUCACCGGCUCCCCUCAGAAGUGGUGGACAUCAUACUGGGAAAACUCUCUGUGCUUGAGUUGAGUGUGUUUGGAAUGACGUCUAAAGAAACCACCAGUUAUGUUGUGAACUACAUCUCAACUCAAAAGUGGACAAACAAAGAGAUCACAAAAGAAUUUCAUCACCCAACUUAUCAGGAGCAGCAGGCCACCAUCGGCCACUACAAAGCGCUAGGGCUGUUGUUUAAGAGAUGCACAUUGCUGCUUCCGACAAAGGACAGGCUAAAGUUUAUCUUCAGUAGAUUCUCAGAGAUUCCUUGUUUUAUGUUGGAGCAUUGCUUUGUUCAAGACUGCCUUGGAUUUGCAUGUCUUGGUGGCUUUCUUCAGACACUGAUCGCAGGAUGGGAUGAGCUGGAAUGCCGCAGAGUGUUCAAUUUCCUGUGUGAUCUCACAAACAUCCUGCCAAAAACUGACACUGUCAUCCACAGCAAACCCGGGGCGCACUGCUUCCCGGAGGUGGAAAUCCGGCUGUUUUGCCGUAAAGUGCUCUUAGAUCCCUGGUCGAACCGCCUGGAGUGUCAGUUCUGGUUAAUUGAGCUGCUGAAGCUGUGGCCGAUGGUCAGUCAGGCUCAUCUGCUGCUCAUCCUCUAUGGACCCCUGCUGCCUGAAGAAGGCACAGUUGGUUGGCAGGAGAUGGUAGACAGAGUGCUCCCCAACGAUGAGUUGUGGGACUUGGCUCGAGCGCUUCUGCUGCUUUUCAACAAACUGGAGGUUAAAGGCUGGUCCCCAGACUCCAUCCUGGGCAUCCUCGAGGAGCUCACUGUGAUCCCUCAGCCAUGGCACGUGGAGAACGUGGCCCGACUCUUGGUGCUCUGUGGAAGUCAUCUCUGCUACACUUUUCUCGCGAGCAAAGCCCUCAACGGUCGUCUGCAGGAGAUCUCCAGACUCAUCGUUUACAUCAUACUAGUGUGUGAGAAGGACGGUUACCACAUGAACUGGGCAGUGAAGCUGGUGCAGCAGGUCUGCCAAGUCUUCAACUCGGAUCCGGCAAAGUUAGUGUUUCUCCAAAACCUGGAAAACACGUUUGCAGAGACCACCAGGGACCUUUUUGAGGUUUCAGUUGGAGGGCACUUCCUGGAUGGAGACACAUUCCAAACACUGUGCAUCCUCCUCGACUCCAGCGCUCGGUUUCACUCAAAGUUUCUCUACACGUUUCUCAAGCGUCCGGAAGUGUGA